AUGGAGCCCAUGAAUGCCCCACCAGCGGAGUCUCCGCCAAACUUGAGAAGGCAGACAGCAGGGCCAUUGUUAGACUUUGGAGAAUCCAUCGACGUCAUCGCCAUGGCCGUUACUCUCUCUGUUUUCUAUGAAGUCAUGGCUAAGCAAGAUUUGGGAGAGUGCGAGAGUGGAGAGGAGUUGGGUUUCAGAAAAAUGAAUUUUUGA